GGCUGGCUGAGGCUGACUGGUCGCCCUCACAGUAGGAUGCAGCGAAGGGGAAAGAGGGUAGACUUUACCUGGUCGUCAUGCAGUGGACUGGGCUUGUAGAGUGAAUUUUUGUUUCGUUUUGAAGGAAUAACGAAUGUCGCAGGCGGAUACCGUGAGGAAAUGAGUAACAGGAUGGAGGAUUCGGCGGCACCAGGUGUCAGUGCGAACGGACCCGCUGCAGCGCCCAGCAGCCAGGUGAGCUCCACCAUAGGCCCACCUGUGUCCCCAGAAGAGCUGGAUGAAGAGCCACAGUCGUCUCUGACGGAUAUCACCCAAAUGUGGAUUAAAUUUGGCAAGACUUUCGCCAUCAUCUUCCCAAUCUACGUCUUGGGAUACUUUGAGUUCAGCUUUAGCUGGGUUCUGAUUGGACUCGCCAUGUUGUUCUAUUGGAGGAAAAACCAUGGCACUAAGGACUACAGGAUAAACCGUGCCUUAGCAUUCCUGGAUCAUGAGGAGAAAGCCGUGAGGCAAAGUGUGCCUACUGCUGAGCUGCCACCAUGGGUCCAUUAUCCAGACGUGGAGAGAGUGGAGUGGCUGAAUAAGACGGUGAAGCAGAUGUGGCCGUUCAUCUGCCAGUUUGUGGACAAGCUGUUCAGAGAGACCAUCGAGCCGGCAGUUAAGGGUGCCAACCCUCAUCUCGCCUCCUUCUGCUUCACCAAGAUCGACAUGGGUGACAAGCCGCUGAGAGUGAACGGGGUGAAGGUUUACACAGAGAAUGUGGACAAGAGGCAGGUCAUCAUGGACCUGCAGAUCAGCUUUGUCGGGAAUACAGAGAUUGACGUAGACAUCAAGAAAUACUAUUGCAGAGCUGGAAUCAAAAGUAUACAGCUUCAUGGAACGAUGAGAGUGGUGAUGGAGCCUCUGCUGGGGGACAUGCCGCUGAUCGGAGCCCUAUCCAUCUUUUUUCUCAAGAAACCAUUGCUGGACAUCAACUGGACAGGACUCACAAACAUGCUGGACAUUCCCGGUGUCAAUGAUUUGUGUGACAACAUCAUCCAGGACAUCAUCUACAGCUACCUGGUCCUGCCCAACCGCAUCACCAUCCCUCUGGUGGGAGAGGCCCAGCAGGCCCAGCUACGCUUCCCCAUGCCUAAGGGCGUCCUGAGGAUCCACUUCAUCGAGGCCCAGGACCUGCUGGCUAAAGACAAGUUCCUAGGAGGGCUGAUCAAAGGCAAGUCAGACCCGUACGGAGUCAUCCAGGUCGGGACCCAGCUCUUCCAGUCCAAAGUCAUCCACGACACUGUACACCCAAAAUGGAACGAAGUGUACGAGGCCUUCAUCUACGAUCACUCAGGACUGAAUCUGGAGAUUGAGCUGUUUGAUGAAGACACUGAUAAAGACGACUUCCUGGGAAGUCUGGUGAUCGAUGUGGCCGAGCUCCAGAAGGAACAGAAGGUCGAUGAGUGGUUUGUAAUGGACGGUGUGGCUACAGGGAAGCUGCACCUCAGACUGGAGUGGUUAUCUCUGCUGCCCACACCUGAGAAGCUGGACCAGGCACUGACGAGCAUCAGAGCUGAUCGUGGACAAGCCAACGACGGCCUGUCGUCUGCGCUGCUUCUCGUCUUCCUGGAUUCAGCCAGAAACUUGCCGCACAAUCCGUUAGAGUACAACCAAGCGGGGCUGAGGAAGGCCUCGGUCAGUAAGGCAAUCAAGUCCGGUAAAAAAGUGACCAGCGAUCCCAGUCCAUUUGUCCAGUUCACAGUGGGACACAAGUCCUUCGAGAGCAAGAUCAAAUAUAAGACCAAUGAACCGGUGUGGGAAGAAACCUUCCCCUUCCUCAUCCACAACCCCAAAAGCCAGGAGUUGGAGGUUGAGGUGAAGGAUAAGAAACAUGAGUGUUCGUUGGGGACGUUGAAACUGCCUCUGAGUUGCCUGCUGGAGGCGAAGGACAUGACACUGAACCAGCGCUUCCCCCUGAAGAACUCCGGACCGAGCUGCACCCUCAAGAUGAAGAUGGCUCUGCGGGUGUUGUACUUGGAAAAGAACACAUCCUCAGAAUCCAACCCGUCCUCCGUGCAGGUCCGCAAGGCCAGCUCCUCCAACCCCAUCCCGCAGCCCCCCGUCUCCUCCGUCUCCUCUGAUUCCCCCAAGCCUCCCUCCUCCACCUCCGACAUCCCCCGCUCUGCCUCGGUGUCUGCCCAGGAUCUGCUGAAUCGGCGGAGGGAGGCCGAUGAGCCCUUUAGGUCUCCAGGAAGCACAGACUUAGGGCUGGGUGGAGGAGGAGGAGGAGGAGGAGGAGGAGGAGGAGGAGGAGGUCACAGCCUGGCGGAGACUGGGAGGAGCACCUCCAACCUGGCCAUCUCUGGUUCCCAGCAGUACCUGGCUGGAGGCAAGGAACCAACGCCCAGCAUCGCAUCGGACAUCUCCAACCCCUACGCUGCUCAGGAGCUGCAGCUGAGACUCCAGCAUCUGCAAAAUGGUUCAGGCCCCAGUCAUUUCCCGCUGGGUGAGGUCCAGCUGACAGUCAGACACAGCUCCCAGAGGAACAAACUCAUCGUGGUCGUUCACGCCUGCAGAAACCUGAUAGCGUUCACUGACCAUGGCUCAGAUCCUUACGUCCGCCUCUACCUGCUUCCUGACAAACGGAGGUCGGGCAGGAGGAAAACUCACACAUUCAAGAAAACCCUCAACCCAAUUUACGAUCAGUCGUUUGAGUUCACUGUUUCCCUCGUGGAGCUCCACAGGCGGACUCUGGAUGUUGCCGUGAAGAACGGUGGAGGUCUGCUCUCCAAACACAAAGGCCUUCUGGGAAAGGUUCUGGUGGAUUUGACCCACGAGGACAUCAAUAAGGGUUGGACACGAUGGUAUGAGCUGAGUGAAGAUGGCCUGACGAAGCCUCACCAACUAUAGACGGCAACGACAGGAACCAUCAUCAUCAUCAUCAUCAUCAUCAAUCAUCAUAUCACCACACUUCCACUUUAGAGACUUCCACUGAAGUCUACAGUACGACUUUUUUUUGUUUUUAAUUUUCAUUACUUGUAACGUACAAAAGGAAACAGAAAAGCAGCUUCUGACAUUCAUUUAAUCACAGUCAAUCAUCAGUCGCAAGGCAGACCUCCCCUUUACGAAGUGAAAGGCUGAUAGACUAAAGGGAGUAUACAACAUGUAGAAUACUAUAUAUUACAUAAUGUACUGCUGUGGAAGUCUAUAUUCCAUAUUUAUAGGAGAAACUAUAACAGCUUUAGGGGAAAACAAUCUUUUUUUUUUUGCUGUUGCAGCAGUUUCCUGCCUCGAGUUUCGGUAAAGAAUGGCGAUGUACAAGUUUGUAAAUAUAUACAAUGAUGCUGGUCAAAACAGACGCUAUAUUCUAGAGAUAAGAGAGAGGUGUGGGCUCUUACUUGGCCAAAUGAUUGUUUGUAAUUUUAUUUGAUUUGAUUACAUUUUUUUAAUGAAAAACAUUCUGCACAAUGUGUCCGAAGCAGAGCAGGCGGGCGGUCGCAGGGGAAGGCGCCACCAAAGAGAUGAGAAGUAUUUAUUGUUUUGGUAACGCAGCUGUACCCUGGCUUUAUUCCACUGUAAGAAUAUGUGUAUUAACCAAGUGAAAUGAACUGCAAGUACACAAAUAUUGUGUUAAAUAUAAUGCGAAUACCAGUUUGUUUAGUUUGCUAAUAUAGUUUAUACACCUGUUGUUACACUGAAAUAAGGCCAUUGUUAAGUGCUACCUGUUUGUUUUUCAAAUAUUUGCACAUGUGUGUUUUAUUAAAAAAAAUAGAAAUUAGAAAAAUUAAAGUGUCAAGUUUGACAUUUUGGCUUUCACUUUCUUGCUGAGAGUUAGAUGAGAAGAUACCACUCUCGUGUCUGUCAGCUACAGCCAGAGAGGAUUAGCUUAGCUUAGCAUAAAGACUUGAAACAGGGUGAAACAGCUAGCCUGGCUCUGUCUGAAGAUAACGAAAUCCGCCUACCCGCAACUCUGAAGCUCACUAAUUUGUACGUUUGUUUAAUCCGCACAAAACCGUAGUGUAACAACAACAAGUUGUGGUCUUACAGGGGGAGUUACUGUAUGUACUGGACUGUUUCUUGGUGAUGACAAGACUCCAGGAAGUCGCUCCACAUCCGCCACAUAACCUCAGUAAAACCACAUUCUGUUCAACCUUCAGACGGAGCCAAGCUAGCUGUUUCCCCCUGUUUCCAGUCUUUAUGCUAAGCUAAGCUAACUUAACCCUUUGCUGCCUUUUAUAUUUAAAGAGUGUUAUUGAUCUUCUCGUCCAACUGUUGGAAAGAAAGAGAAAAUUUUCACAAAAUGUUGAACUAUUCCUUUUAGGUAAUUCCUGCAUUCAGCUGAUUUUAAAAUGAAGUGAUUGAACUAUCACCCACAUUUUCUUCAUUUAUCUAAAGGCCACUCUGUAGAGAAGUUUAAAAUUCUCCACUUUGGCUCCCUCCAGUGGUGGUAUUAAGAAAAGUCGCUGACAGACAAACUGUAAAUUCUUAAAUGAAUUCUCGUUAUUUAGCUCAAUGAGAGAACCAGACCUAAUUUCCCGUUCCCCAGGUAAUGCAAACGCAAACCUUCACGUUUACCUUUUGUUUUGAUCAAUUCAGUUGAUAAUGUAUAUUUCCUCAUUAAUAAUUCCCACAGUACAACAGCAGAAUCAUGUCAUACUCAAUACUGUGAUGCUCUGAAUUCUUCCUCUCUCACAGAAAUUCUGUUUUUAUUCAUUAAUUAAUUCAAAUCAUUCCACUUUGCAGUUUUUUUUCUCGAUCAGUGUUGAGCUACCGUCAAGAAAACUCAUCACUUCCUGCCAAUUUUUCACAUUAAGAGUGUUCCAGCUUUCCCUUGAUUAGUAAUCUUUCAAUGUGAAACAUCUGCAGUGGAAAAACUGGAAUGAAUAAGUGAGUGUGGACAGUAUUUGUGAUAAAAAAGAGAAACUGAGAGCAGCAGAGUGAGUAUGACGUGACUGUGGAAAUGUACAUUAUUAUGCUGAAAUCACCAUGAGUUGUUGUAGUAGGCUACAUUUAAUUCCACCCCCCUCAAUGUUUUUAAUUGUUUUAUUUUAUCUGGCCUUUAUUUGGACAGACAGUAUUUACCACUUUUAUAUGAGAAUUAACUGUUUACAUACCUGCACAAACACUGAGGUAAAUGGGCUGGAAGUAUCACGAAGCCCACCUGGAUUUCUACAAACGGAAACUUCUGAAUGGUUUUAUCACAGGAAAUGUCUGCAAAUGGUGGCUUUAAAAAGUGAGAACAUUUGGACAUUUUCUCACUAAGAAAUUGAACGUUAUGUCGAGAAGCUCACAGGAGGGUGUUUGUGUUUGUCAUUCUUUUUGAGUUGUUCACAUUUUGUUUAUGAAACUACAUUAGUCUUAACUUGUCACGAAGUGUCAUUUUCAACACGUGUCUUAUUUGUUGUUGAGUUACACACAAAAUAUGCGUAGCCUGUCGAAGACACAGGGCAGUGUUGAAAAUGACAUUUAUCUAUUUUUUUUUGUGUACAUACACUUUUUUCACGCACAUCAUAUUAAACACUGCUUUGACUUUACAGCACUUGCUCAGAAGGGAUUUAUAUCAGUAACAAAUCCACAGAAUACAUCAUUCUUGGUAUCAAACACAUUCAAUAAAUGUUAUGUUAUCUAUGUGGCCCCACAAAGCCAAAGAGCAGCAAUUUUGUGUUGAUACAGAGGAGGCUAAUGUGACCUUUGACCUUCAAAACACAAAUAGACUUUUGUUGUGUUUGCAUCACGCAUCGAGAAAGUAUUUUACAUAUAUGUCUAAACUGUGCCGUUCUGCAUUUUAUGUCUUUUAAUGUUUUUUUAUUUGUGUUUCCCAGCUGCCCUCUUUGUCUUGUUUUAUUAUUAUAUGUUUUAUUUUGUAAGAAUCAAAACGUUUGUCUGUAAGUCAUUGGAUUUGAGAGCUAUGCCUCUGGGAUGGACUCUGUCCUCUGAAAGGCGGUUUGUCUUCUCCGUCUUCUUAAUUUAUCUUGUGCCUUAAAAUUCAUACCCAGAGAUAUUUACAUGUAUAAAAAGAACCGACAAAAUGCUACAACAGUUUCCCAUGUUUCAGACUGUCUCCUAAAUGUAUUUUAAAACAAAUAAAGAGCUUUAGCUGGCUAUAGCAGCAUGAAGCUGUACAGCA